AUGUUGAGACAAAUCCUGCUGAAUUCCACCAACGCACUAGACUUCGACCUAGGGAUGGCCCUCCAGACGCACGAGACCGUGUCCGUUAACGCAUCUCACGGAUCGGUGAACAUGGCGGCGCUGCUCAGGCCCACGGGCAGCAGGGGCGGGAUGCGGGAGGACGGGGAGCUGAACAAACCGGACCUGGCCACCUACUUGAUAAUAUGUCUGUUGCUGUUUCUGCUCGUGCUGCUCAUCGUUUUCUUCAUCAACUGUCAGCUGAGGAACUCUUUCUUCGCCUCCAUGCCCUACGAUCGGUCUCUCAGAGAGGCCCGGACCUCCUACAAGUAGAACCCGAUUCCAACUCAGCUGGUAAUGUCUGUAGGAUUAGGUAACGUGUGUUAUGAAUGUGUUCAUGGAGGGAUGUGUUAUAUUGACUAUGCAUAGUCCAGACGCUGUGCGUAACCGUUACGUGUUCAUUUGGCACAAUGACAUAGAGACCUAUUACGCUCCCUUUUCCAAACUGGGCUAAAUGUCAUUACGUGUAGG